AUGGCGAACGCAAGAACACCGUUUCUUCGUCUUGAAGGCCACUCUCUGUCCUGGGCCAUCACAUUAUGUGCAGGCAGCGCCUUCCUACUCUUCGGCUACGACCAGGGAGUCCUGGGCUCGAUUAUCUCUGGGAGCGACUUCCUUGGAGCUCUGGGGAUUUCUCCUGAUGAUCCCGACACAUUGUCGACAGUUGUCUCGAUCUAUGACAUUGGGAAUAUGGUCGGAUGUCUUGCUGCUGCAAUCUGGGGUGGCAGAUAUGGCCGCAGGGCCGCGAUCACCUUCGGCUGCAUUGUCACAAUUAUAGGAGCGGCACUCCAGGCAUCAAGCUAUUCUGUUGCGCAGAUCAUUGUGGCUCGCAUAAUCACUGGCAUUGGCAACGGAGUUAACACAGCGAUCGUCCCAACUUGGGUAGCAGAAACUGCAAAAAGCGAACACCGUGGAAAGCUCAUCGCGACUCAACUGACCACUGCCAUCUUGGGCAUCGUGAUCGCAUAUUGGAUCAAUUAUGGUUUCUUCCAUCUCCACGGCCAGGUCGUUUGGCGGUUUCCCAUUGCGUUUCAGAUUGUUUUCGUGCUGUUCACGCUAGCCGGUCUGCCCUUCUUACCAGAGAGUCCACGUUAUUUGUACUUCAAGGAUCGUGUUGAAGAGGGCAAUGUCGUGCUAUCAGCCUUGAAAGCUCAACCUAUCGAAAGUCCGAUUGUGCAAGCCGAGGCAGCAGAGAUUCUGGCCGCGAUCGAAAUGGAGAACAGCCUGGGAAAAGCCAGUAUCAAGGACAUCUUGCUCAACCGGUCGGGUGAUCAAAUCCUGAAGAGGCUGAUAUUGGUCGUUGUGAUUCAGGUGCUACAAGAGAUGACAGGGACACAAAUCGUGGUCUACUACAGCUCUUCGAUAUUUAUCACCUUGGGCAUCGAAAAUGGCUUAGCUCUCAUCCUCGGCGGUAUUGUCUCAAUUGCCUUCCUCCUGGGAUCUAUCCUAGGCGUCUUCCUCAUCGACAGAAUUGGCCGCAAGAAGCUACUAAUUUCCGGCACCGUCCCCAUGUUUGUGCUCUAUAUUUUGUACAUGAUCAUGGUUAAGAAUGGCGGCAAAGCUCAGUUGUGGGUUGCCUUUGGUGCAACUUGUGCAAUCAUGUUCGCUUUCGGUUGGAGCUGGCUCUCGACAGCUUGGGUUUACGGUCCAGAAUUGGUGCCAGUCCGAUACCGACAUGUCGGUGGUGCUUUGAACGCAUUUUCGAACUGGACCUUUGCCUUCGUUACAGUCAAGAUUGCGCCGAUUGGAAUCGCGAAUCUAGGUUGGAAAUUCUACAUUAUCUUCAUCGUCAUGACCUUCAUCCAAUUGCCAGUUGUCUGGCUGUUCUAUCCUGAGACAAAAGGACUGUCUUUGGAAGAGAUCGACGGACUGUUUGUCAAGAAUGGCGAGGCUACUGAAAUGCUCGCCGACGCCAGUGAAAAGAGGCAUCAGCUUGAAAUCAAAGAUACAGGUUAUGCCCACGAAGAAGUAUCGCCGUCGCCGUGA